AGGACAUAUCAAACAAAAAUCAAUUUGUUUUCAACAGUCCAAUUCGAUAACAAUUUCGUUGUCGAUGCCAUUGCCAACUAACACUUGAGAAUUCUCUUUCCGUACUAUUGUAUCCAACGUAACUUAUGUAUCGAAGCACAAACAUAGUUAUAUUAGAAAUGUCAAGUUUGUCAUAAAAUUAGCAAUGUUAAGGCAAACACUGAAAUUUAGAAAGACAAUUUCAUUUCUGUGUGUGCUAUCUCUGCUGAUAUUAAUAUAUCUGAUCAUCACAAAAUCGAACAGUGAACAUGGGCGGACUCACUACAAAAUAGCUGAAGAGAAAAGGGACAUCACAUUUAGAGGUUUUAAUAUUUUUCCCAAGGACGAAUAUAAUAAUAUAAAUAAAAUGAAUUUGCAAUCAUCAAAUGAAGUAACAAGUGAUGAUACAAAACAUGAGCUUGCUGAAGCAAAAAAUCGAAUACAAGAAUUAGAAAAAAAGAUUGCUAUUUUAGAAGGAAGAAUGCCUCAAAAGUACCCUGAAGUAAAGUUUUUAGGAUAUAAAGAAAGGAGAAGAAUCUUAGUGACAGGAGGAGCUGGUUUUGUUGGCUCACAUUUAGUUGAUAUUCUCAUGAUGAAAGGUCAUGAAGUCAUUGUAGUCGACAAUUUCUUUACUGGCCGGAAGAGAAACGUUGAGCAUUGGUUCGGACAUCGUAAUUUUGAAAUGAUUCAUCAUGAUAUCGUCAAUCCGUUGUAUGUUGAAGCAGACGAAAUAUAUCAUUUAGCUAGUCCUGCCAGCCCACCGCAUUAUAUGCAAAAUCCUGUUAAAACAAUCAAGACUAAUACUCUAGGAACUAUAAAUAUGUUAGGUCUCGCCAGACGCGUCGGCGCUAGAAUACUGAUCGCAAGCACUUCAGAAGUAUAUGGAGAUCCUUUGGUGCAUCCACAACCUGAAUCUUAUUGGGGCCAUGUUAAUCCAAUUGGCCCUCGAGCGUGUUACGACGAAGGCAAGAGAGUUGCAGAGACACUGGCGUAUUCGUACGCAAAACAAGAGAAAGUCGACGUGAGAGUCGCUAGGAUAUUCAACACGUACGGACCUAGAAUGCAUGUUUCAGACGGUCGUGUAGUUUCUAAUUUCAUAAUGCAAGCUUUACAGAAUUUAACUAUUACAGUUUAUGGUAACGGAAAACAGACCCGAUCGUUCUGCUACGUGUCUGACCUUGUCGAUGGACUGCUAGGCUUAAUGGCUUCUAGUUAUACAUUACCUGUUAACAUUGGGAACCCGGUAGAACAUACUAUAGAAGAAUUUGCAAUGAUCAUAAAGAAUCUAGUCCCCGGGUGCCGCAGUACUGUCGCCACGGGAGCCGCGGUCGAGGACGACCCCCAGCGGCGCCGACCGGACAUUGCAGUGGCGGAGGCCCAUUUACACUGGAAACCUAAAGUAAGCCUACAGGAAGGCUUGCAAAGAACCAUCGACUAUUUCAAAGAAGAAUUAUCAAGGACUACGCUUUACAAUAAUCAAACUUAUGUAGAUAUGAAAGUCAAACAUCAUUAGUAUAGUUAUUAACUUAAUUUUAAUGUGAUAUUAGAAUUACAUCAACCGAACUAUUUUAUGAACAUAUAGUUAUGUCUAAAUAAUAUGAAAGACCAAAAAUCAAUUCGACUAUGGUGACCCAGAACGAACUAAUACGAUUUCAAUUUAUGAAACAGGAUUUUCGAAUUGUUGCUACAUUAAUACAUACAUAUAAGCGGCUGAUUAUAUUAUCUUAUUUUUUGAUUAUCAAAAAUGGGACAUUUUGAUAUGCCUUGUUUUGCCAUAUUUGAACGGUGAAUAGACCAUUACAGAUACCGUAGAUUUGGACCUGUUUUAUCGUGACAGUGGCUUCAUGUGUCUGUUGGUUUUAGGAGUCGCCUAGUCGGUGGGUAAUAAGUGUGCAUUCACAACCGUUGACACCGCGACCGUAACAAUAAUACAAUUUGUAACCUUGGUUAAUGUCUACUAAUUUUAUGCGUGUUAAAUAUUAUAUCCAAAAUAUUCAUAUUAUCACAGGGCGAUUCUAUAUAUAUAUACACAUAUAUAUGCGAUAUUUCCUAAAAAUUCAACAUACCUUCAUUUGGCUGAAUAUUUUUAUUGAGUUUUUGUUUUGUUUUUUUAUUGCCCUUGUAGGCAGACGAGCAUUCGGCCCACCUGAUGGUGAGUGGUUACCGUCGCUCAUGGACGUCAGCAAUGCCAGAGGCAGAGCCAAGCCGCUGCCUACCGUCUAAUACUCUCCACAAGCCUCGUUUGAAGAAGGACAUGUCAUAGCGCUCGGAAAACACCGUGGAGGGGAGCUCAUUCUAUAGCCGGAUGGUACGUGGCAAAAAAGACCUCUGGAAACGCACUGUGGAUGACCGCAGUGGCUCCAGGUAAUAUGGAUGAACUCUACUCCGGUGGGAGAUGCCGGUAUCAUCUCGAACAAUUCCUCAGAGCACUCCCCAUGGAACAUACGGUACAAAAUACAGAGGGAACCGAAGUCCCUCCGCAGACCCAGAGGUUCCAAAAGCUCCGUGAUUAUCCGUAUUAUCACCAAAAGGAUAUAGCUUAGUGCAGCUUACAUACCAACAUACCAGCAGAUGGUUACCUUCGGUGGCAUACAAACAUCGGCAAUAUAGGGAGCACAAACAAGUCGCUUCGUAAAGUUUAUUAAAUUGAUUAAUAAAAUAAGACGAUAAUUUUUUUUAUUAGUUCUCAUUUUUAUUUAAGGUUAACCAUACGGUUGUUUCUAGUAUAGUAUUUUUUAUGCUAUUGUUUGUACAACUCAACAAUCUAUAAAGUAAUAAAUUAAGAAAUUUAUUUAUAAUAUGUAGGUAUAUGGUACAAAUAUUUUCUUCUAUGUAUAGUAUCGAGUUUCCUCUGAAAUAUCCGUUGUUUUUUAUGAAUGCGCUGGUAACAGUCGAAUAAAGAGCGUGAUACGACCAUUUUAUAUUUUCACAAAGAAUAUUCUCGAUCUACUAAUAAUUACUUAUGCUUUUGUUCUAACAACUAAACUUGGACGUUAAUGUCGGAUCAUUGGAUUGUUUACUGUAACAAUAUGCCGUACCGUAUCGCGUAAGGGAACCGUUGUCGGAAACAAAAGACACGAUAUAGAUAUAAACAUGACAACAUAAAAAACGCUUUUUUUUAUGUAGUUUAUUUUUGUUGUUUAGUUCUUAAGUUUCAUUUUAUUAUUGUACGCCAUUUGAUACGGAAAUGACGGUGCGCGCAGUCAAACGAUUUAUAUUUGUAACAAGUUUCACUAAAACAAUGAUUGUCUGUGCCGAGCCUAAUGAAUAUUUAUGUAUACGUUAAAUUAGUCGUGCCAACAACUAUGAACUCAUUAAAGUUUAAAAUAAAUUGUCAUCCAGUUAUAGAUACAAAAGGCAACGCAAUUAGUCAACAUCUUAUAAUUAAAUAAAAUCGAGACUGACAGACACAUUUGCACAUAAAAGUACAAAGUGACGAAUUACAGAAAUAAGAGAAAAGUUAAUUUUUUUUAUUGCCUUUGUAGCCAGACGAGCAUACGGCCCACCUGAUGGUAAGUGGUCACCGUCGCUCAUGGACGUCAAUAAUGCCAGGGGCAGAGCCAAGCCGCUGUCUACCAUAGAAUAGAUCAAAAUUUUAUUCAGUUGGGAGGAAUCGAUGCCAAAUAUUUCCUGCCGUCUACCGCCGUACAUAAAAAAAGAUGUGUGGUGUAGUGGGACACCGGAUAAGAACGAAGUUCCUUAUUAUAAAAACAUUAAUUUUAAGUUCUAUUCGAGGUAUAAAGAAAAUACAACUGGAGGUUUCGCAAUAACCCACGAUCAUUCGGCAACGUGCGAACUUAUUGUGGUACACUUCAUUCACGGUUGUUUGCAUAAGAUUUUUGUACGUUAUUACAAAGUUAAGUCGUUCACUGUGUGCAUUACUAAUAAAAAUCUUACGUUACGGACGUUUUUUCCCGGUUAGGGUACCCCUCCGCAUCGUCCCAUAAGGAACUUCGUUCCAAUAUUGUUUUCUGUUUUAUCGCGUAAUAAAUGUUACCGUUCUAACAACGGAAACGGUUCCUUUAAACGCUGUAUGAGUAGUUAGUGUUGAAAAAAUGACCUACCCAUGCUAAUCAAAAUUGUUAAAAAUCAUUAUCAAUCAAAAGUCAGUGUAAAUACUUUUACGUUUUAACAUUGUUGUAUCGAAGUACUUAAACAAUUAUCGACAUUACGCCUUCUCGAUGUAAAAACGUUAAUAUGGCUUCAUAAAGAUAGUUUACUAUAAUAAAGGAUUCAAUUGAAUCGCGCAUAUAUAUAUGUCGGAGAAACUCCAUUAUUAAGACUACCGUCAGAUUUCAUUAGGGCAAAUAGCUAGGGGUGAUCGAGUUAAGAGAAAUAUUAAGUACGCAAAAUUUGGCGUUAGCAAACGAAACCGAAUGACAGUCCUUAGGAUGGAGGUAUCGCUCUUCAAAAAGGCUGGUUUGUUAGUGAAAUGCGUCUAUGCGCCUCCACCGUCUAGGCUCUGUCGUAGCACGAAGUUAGCCGAGCUCCGACGACAUUACGAUCGUGUCGGGAAUCGUGCUGCGCUUCGUUUUGCUACUCAACUAAUGACCGUCUCCGACAUAAUAUAUAUCGACGCAUGAAAGGCAAACGUGACUAAGCGACUAUAACUGCUUUAUACAUAAAUGAUAGGCAUUAACCAUAUUCGAUGUGCAAAAAAAAUUUAUUUCUAGGUCUAUUAAAGUCAUUUCAAUCCUACAGCUAAAUUCGUUAAAAUAUAUUUAUUUUCAGGUAUUUCAACUUUAAAUUAGUCUACUGUAAAGUUCACGCAUUGUCGCUUAAUCACGUUUCCUCGAUAUAUAUUUAUUUGCUUUAUUAAUUUAUUUAAUCUAUUUUUCAAAUACUUCAUAUAAAUAGCACUUCAAAGUGAUGUCGUACAUACGUUAGGACCAAAUGUUAUGAAAUAAUUGUAGACACAAGAGGGUAGUGGGAAACACGUAUGCGGUAUCGCCUACUAUGACUAAAGUAUAUCCUUACUCAAAAUUCAAUGAAGCCAGAGUAUUCAUUUUUAGUUUUUUGAAUGCUUAUAUUUUGAUGCGCUAGUAACGUACCUUUUUGUGUUAAAAUGUCAUUAUUCCAAAAACAAAAUAUGUUGAGUUUAUUGAAAUUUUAUGUUGAUUUAUUCAAAUAAAAAGGAUAGUUUGCA